AUGGGACUUGUUCUAACACUACCCUCAAGCCAGGAAUCAACCCCUUCCCAGACGUUUGACAUCCAGCGUUUAUCUAUAAGAGUGCCUACACCCCGAUGUGAUGAUGCAAUGCAGGUCAUUAACAAGAUUAAAGAAAACUGUAAGAACCUGAAUACUUUUCUUCAUACAACUUUUGCUGAUGUUGUCCGUGUGUGUGGCAAUGCAAAUACCACCUGCAAAGAUGGGAUAAGUACAAAUUGUCAUAAUAUUUCAUCUAAGGUAAAUAUAACUAUCUGUGACCUCAAAAAAAGAAAAAAAAGUGUAUGUCCCAAAUGUAGAUACAUUAUGAUAAAAUCAGUGAAGUUCUACAGAGUGGCCUGUAACAGGAGAACUCCAUAG